CCCCCUAUCUUCCCCCUUUCUCAGGUAAACUUUAAGAUAUCUUUGCUAGUACUCCUAUAUUUUUAAGGCCUGCAGAGAGGGAGAGAGACACUGAGAGAUUUAGCAGACAGAGAGAUUUAGGAGAGAGAGAGAGAUCAUGAGGAGCUUUGGGUUCUGGAUUUUGCUGCUUCUGGUUGGGACAGCUUUGGUUUGCCUUGUUACGAUCAUCAAUACCUCUCUUCCUGAUACUGAUUUCAACCUACAUAAGAAAGACAUGACUCUCACUACGACAAGCAGGAAAAUGAAGAAUAUUGGUUAUACCAGUAAGACGGGUGCUGAUCACUACUAUCUUGAAGAUUAUGGCCGUAAUGAUCCAGUUCCAAGUUCGAAAGCUUACAUACGACAUGGAACUAUCCAGCAUGGCUCUCCCUUAAUGCCUUAUAUCCCAAAGCCUUCACCUCCUGCACCGCCUGUGCCAGGUCGUGCAAAGCGUGAUGGAUUACCAUGAUCUGAGCAAGUAUUUCUCACUGUGAUCGUAGUAACUUAUUUCACGUCUUCCAAGCAAAUUAUUCAGGAUCAGACCUGUUGUUUGUAGCUCCCUGUUGGACCUGUUUUAUAUAUUUCUCUGUUGUUUAACGCUCAGCAUUUAUCGUGACUUCUCAAAUUUCUUUAACGAAUUAGCACCGUACUGCUAUUAUACAAAAACAGCUUUUUGCUGAAUAAGGUGAAUAAUGUUUGAUAAAUCUAAA